AUGUGCACUACUAAAGCCUACAGGAGAAUAAAGGGCACGGAAGAUCGUUUGAGUUCACUUCCAGAUGAGAUUCUGGCCGAUAUACUCUCUCGUCUCAAAAUCAAUUCCGCCGUUGCCACCUCCGUCUUAUCCCAUCGAUGGCGCUACCUUUGGACUGGUGUCACCGCUUUCAAAUACUACGACAAUGACGUACUUUACGUUUCCGAACUAGCCUCAAACAAAUUCUCCACCAUUGUCGUCGACAUUGUUCGACAACUGACCUCUCAGACACUCCAUGUCUUCAAACUUCAGUUAAGUUCGCUGUCCAACUUAUGUAAACCUAGUGUUGCAGACGCAUGUUUCCGGGAAGUUUGUGGCCGAAACGUGGAGCAGAUCAUUAUUGAAUCGGAUUGCCCUCAUUCUAUGGAUUGCUUUCCUGUUCCGGCGUUUCUGUUUUCUUCCAAGAAUCUGGUAGUUUUGAUAUUAAAAGGUAUGAUCAAGUUUGAUUUGCCAGAUAUUCAACUUCCGAAUUUGAGGAAGAUUGAUCUAAAGUAUCUUGUUAACAUCCCUCCUUAUCAGUUUAUGGGGCGUCUAUUCAAGUCUUCUAAACAAUUGAUAGAAGCAGAAUUGAUAUUCUGGGACUGUAUAACCCAACCCGAACCCCAGAUUGUUCUGAAUAUAUCAGCACCGAAUCUGAGGUCGUUGCGAAUAGAGAUGAUGGCAGAUAAGCACACCCAACGACCUAAAACCUUCAUCGAUGCACCCAACUUGGAGACAUUUUAUGUAAGUAGCCUCACUUCAGAUUAUUACUCUAUCCGAAAUUCAACGAAAUUAGUCAAAGCAUCGAUUCUCAUGCAUUGGAAUGGAGGGUAUUUAAAUUUACCAGUUGGGCAAGAAGACUGUCUACGGGACGUAUUCAAGUUUGUCGGGCAAAUGUCUAGUGUUAGGGAGCUUCAUCUAUGGCUAGAGGAUGACGAACUGACCAAUGUAUAUCGUUACCUUAAUUCUGUUAACCUCGGGCUUAUGACAACCUUUCCUAAUCUAGAACAUCUUGAUACGAAUUUGGAUUAUGUUGGAUGGAAGGAUUUGCUACUUUGUAUGAAACGCUUUCCUAACUUAAGGCGCCUUAAAGUGUACCUAAAUACGGAUUCAGAUCUUGUUAUGGAUCCCACAAAUUGGUGUGUACCAGAGUGUUUAAGUAAGUUGAAGACGUUAGACAUAUCUGGACUAGAUGCUAUUGAUGAUGAGCUCGUGUUGCUAGAGUACAUUCUACACAAUGCACUUGUUUUGGAAAAGCUUUAUGUAACAUGCGGUGAAUAUUUUACUGCUGAGGAAGAAGCUCGAUUAAGGGAAACGUGUAAUUUCUGUGAGUCUUUGUUCCGUCUAGCCAGGGCAUCUUCAACUUGUGAGAUUGUGUUUAGUUUAUGUGGCCUUAUAACAUCAAGUGAUGAUCAGACGCUUACCCUUACACCUGAAAGAAUCAGACAAUGUUUCCUCAUUAAUCCAAGCCUAUGA